GACGGGCCGAAUUAUCGGACCCCGCAGUCUGCUUCUGGUGAUUGGUGUGGUACCUUCUCUGGGGAUUCGCCUCUCAUUAUUUUCCCGCUUUUCCGAGGAAUUGGGAAAUGACUGGACACGAGAAUGCCGAAUUUUCCGCGUUGCCCAGUGAUGGGAGAAGACCGAGAAGACGAAAAUCGAGAAAACUCGUUGUUGCGAGUCUCGUGAUGUUCGGUAUCGCGGUGAUAAUAAUCACUGCGAUAUUCUUGCAUUUCGAUAAAAAAGGAAGACCUCAUCAUUGGGAUAGACUGAUCCCUCCGGAUAGUCACGACUACCUCCCGCCCUCCUGGAGCAAGUUAAGGGUUUUCAAGGGUGGAGCCGUGUGCUCCGAUGGAGCGCCAUGUGCAGAAAUCGGAAAGGGGAUCCUCUCGAAAAAUGGCUCAGCAGUGGACGCGACGAUCGCGACAAUGAUCUGCAAUGGGCUGGUGAACAUGCAGGCGAUGGGAUUGGGGGGCGGAUUCAUGAUGACGAUUUACGAUCGAAAAACUCAAAAAUCGUACUUCCUAGUCUCCCGGGACAUGGCACCACUGGCAGCCACCGCCGACAUGUACCAGGGCGAGGGUGUUAACGCCUCAAAUAUCGGUCCCUUGUCAAUUUCUGUACCCGGUGAAAUCGCCGGGUACCGAACAGCCCAUGAAAAAUUCGGACGUCUUCCCUGGGAGGAACUCUGGGCGCCGAACAUCGAAUUGUGCGAAAGAGGUUGGAACAUGACGAACGCCUUCUACAGUGACGCCUUGGAAGCUAUCGAUCUCAUCCGAACCGAUCCCACCCUGAGCAAGAUUUUCCUCGUGGAGGGGACCAACGAGUUGAUGAGGCCCGGUGGAUUGAUUAAGCCCCAAAAAAUCUGUGAGACCCUCAGAAUCCUCCAGAAGAAGGGGGCCGGGGAAUUCUAUAAUGGCACCCUGGGGAAGAUGUACAUCGACGAUCUGCGCAGACGCGGCAGUAUUCUCACGAUGCAGGAUCUUAACUCGUAUCGGCCCGUAUGGAAGACGACUUUGCAGACAAAUUUAUCAGACGGUACCCGUGUCUUCGCUCCGAAUUUACCGAGCAGUGGAGCACUGCUGACAUUCGUUCUGAAUAUUCUCGAUGAAUUUAAAUUCACAUCUUCGAGUCUCGAGGGAUGGAACAACACAAUUCGCACAUAUCACAGGAUAAUCGAGACGUGGAAAUUCGCGUACUCGAUGAGAAGUAAAAUGGGCGACGAUCUGUUCGUUGACAUGAGAGAAUUCGUUAAAAAUCUGACGUCGAAAGACUAUGCGAGGUCCGUUAAGGCCCAAAUAACCGACGAAAGAACGUGGAGUGAUCCAGUGCACUACGGAGCUGGAAAAGAACUCCGUGAAGAUCAUGGAACAGCCCAAAUAUCAGUUUUAGCUCCCGAUGGCGAUGCCGUAUCCGUAACCAGCAGUAUUAACAUGUAUUUUGGAAGUGGUAUCGUCUCCGAACAAACUGGAAUAGUAUCCAACGCGGGAAUGGACGAUUUCUCAGUGCCAGGACGAGUCAACUAUUACGGAGUUGCUGGGACUAAUAAAAAUAAUUUAAUUCAACCGAUGAAGAGGCCGAUGUCCUCGAUGGUGCCAUCGAUCCUUGUGUCACCGAGUGGUGAUGUCAGAAUGGUCGUCGGAGGUGCUGGUGGAACGAAAAUCACCACUUCCGUAUCAUUUGUGAUAGCUAGACAUUUGUGGAUGAAUAAUACGAUAAAAGAGGCAAUGGACGCCUCGAGAAUUCAUCACCAGGUGUUUCCUAUGGUACUUGCGUAUGAGUAUGGAGUACCACAGCCUGUACUCGAGGGAUUACGCAAUUUGGGGCACCGAACCUCGAGAUAUGGGGAUCGAGGCAGUUGUGUUUGUGGUUUAACUCAAAUAAAUGGAACCGUUUAUGCCAAUGCCGAUCGACGCAAGGAUGGCGAUGUAUAUGGCACCAAUGAGAAACGUCUCCUCAAGUUCUGAUUUAUCAUCAAGUUCUGACUUAUUCCUUUUUUUUUUGUAACUGUUGACGAAUUCAGUAAAAUGAUGAGAAUUUGCGAAAUAA